AUGCCCUGCCCCCCGGGGUGCGUGGCCGCCGAGGGGAAGCGGCCACCGGACCCCCGCUCCCGCUGGUUGGGCGUCGGCUGCGCCAGGGUCACCUACAGGCGGUCCUCCGCCGCGCGCGUCUCCCACCUGGCGGAGGCCGGGGCGGACGGGGGCACGCGGCCGUGGGCGGCGCCGGGCUCUUGGAUGUGCUCCCCCCGGGGCCAGAGCAGCAGCGUGGACCUCUUCCGAGAGGGCUCCAGCGGCGCAGCAGAGCUGGUUCGCGCCGCGCAGGGCACCAACGCGGUGAUGACGUGGCUGAUCAGAGUCCUGGGGGUCCUGUUCGCCGUUUUCGGGGUGCGGCUGUCCCUCUAUCCCGUCGAGGCGCUGGCGCAGGCGCUGGACGGCACGCUCUCUUGGUUCAGAUCGGUCCCCAUUGCAGGUCCGAUGCUCGAUUUCGCUGGGGACGUCAUUCGGGGCGCAGUGGGCUGCGCCGUGUCCCUGAUUGCCCUCGGCAUUGCCGUGCCCGCAUCGCUCGCGGUCAUCACGGUGAUGCAAGGCGGACGUGAGAUACGAGUGUUCUUGCCAGGCUGCCUGGACUUGGUGGGCGUCGACACGGUUGUGCGUGGGAUCAGCUGGCCGCUCCUCGAGGACGACGUGCCCGAGGGCCGAGGCGCGCCGGCGCUCCCGCAGAAGCAGGCGCCGCCCGAGGCCUUCGGCGCGACGCUCGCUGCCGGCCUCAUCUCCGAUUUGGGCCUUGCGCGUCCCGCGCCGGAGGCGCCGCCGGCGCGCAAGAUCCCGCCCGCCAACCGGAAGACCUGCGAGUCCAAGGCGCCGUGGGCGGCCACGGCCGAGUUGGGCCCGGCGGCGGUCCUGGAGCUGCGCGGCGGCGGCCAGCAGCGCGAGGAGGAGGAUGGCGACGUGUCCGCCGAGCAUUGCGAGGAGACCGACGACUCCCUGCGACCGCCAGGGCAGGCGGGCGCGCCGGCCACGUGCCCCGAGGCCGUCCUGCCGAGCGUGCGGAGCCGGGCGGCGCCCUCCGGGAGCACGGCGGCGGGGGCGGCGGCGGCGCCGUCGGGCAGCGCGUUGGCCACGCAGGGUGCAGGAGGAGCUCAUACUGAGCACCGUGCUGUUCUACAGCAGGGUGGGAAUCACGAUCCAGGACCUGGUGUUCUCGAUCGAGCAAGUCGGAUGGCACGAGCUGGACAACAGCGGCCAACAAGCAUGGGUAUGCCUACUGUCGUCCAUGGAGCAACGCGGGCUCAUCGACAUACACUCGCCAGACGGCCGCACCUACAUUGUCACCAGGUCAGCGCAGGUGCAGCGCGGCAUGCAGAGGCGCGAGCGGCCGUUGAGGCCAGACGAGCUGGAGGAGGGCUGCUGCGUGACGUGACGAUCUGGUGGCGCGCGUGCGCGCCAUUGUGCCCAGAAGUAGUCUCAUACACCUGUCGUACGCCGAUGGGCCCGGAGAGGUCAGCGAAUCCGCUGCACAUCAUCCAUGCGAUCGAGCGCCUUCCCUUUUAUUUACAGGGCCUGUCUGUGUCUAGCGGCUUUGGGCGUGCGGUGAGUUCAAUUCAGCGCAGGGCUUCGAAGAAGUCGUCCUCAGUUCGAGCGUUCAGGGCACGCAAGGAGUGGGGGGUGCCGCGCCUGUCAUUCAGGUGCCGGGGGACAAGAACGUUUCGGAAUUAG